AUGAGUCUUCGUGGUCGUGAGUUUUGGCGUUCUAUUGGAAGUCCUUCACGAAUUGUUGCACCUAUGGUUGACCAAUCAGAACUUGCUUGGAGAAUUUUGUCUCGAAGAUAUGGUGCAGAUUUGUGCUAUACACCCAUGUUUCAUGCAAAAAAUUUUUGGUUAUCUCCUAAAUAUCGUAAGGAAGUUUGGAGUAGUUUAGAUAAUGGAAAAGAUCGGCCUUUAAUUGUUCAAUUUUGUGCAAAUGAUCCAGAAGAUUUUUUAAAAGCGUCAAAAAUUGUCGUAGGAAAAUGUGAUGCAGUUGAUCUAAAUCUUGGUUGUCCUCAAAAUAUUGCAAAACGAGGAUAUUAUGGUGCUUAUUUACAAGAAAAUUGGGAUUUGAUUUCUAAAAUUAUUAAAUAUGUUAAUAAUUCUCUUGAUAUACCUAUAACUGCUAAAAUUCGUAUUUUUCCUGAUAAAGAAAAAACUUUGGCAUAUGCUCGGAUGAUUGUGGAAUCAGGAGUAUCUAUCUUGGCUGUGCAUGGAAGAACAAGAGAGCAGAAGAGUACUAUGACAGGAUUAUCUGAUUGGAGUCAAAUUUUAUAUUUAAGAGAAAAUCUACCUUCUGAUAUUGUUAUUUUUUCUAAUGGAAAUAUUCUUUGGCCUCAUGAUGUUGAUAGAUGUUUGAAAGAAACAAAGGUAGAUGGUGUUAUGUCUGCAGAAGGAAAUCUUUAUAAUCCAUGCAUUUUUACUCGUUCUAAUAUACAUCCAAUUAUUACGGAAAUUGCUAAAGAGUAUUUGAAUAUUAUUGUAAACUAUAAACUUGAGAACGAUAGAAGUUGUAUUAACGCUAUGAAACCCCAUUUAUUUAAAAUUCUUCGGCCUGGAUUAUGUAAAUAUGAGCAUUUGCGAAAUGAAUUAGGAAAAACAAAACCAGGGGAAUUAGAAAAGUAUUUUAAAAUAGUUGAAGAGCUUGACAUAUUAGUUAAGAAAGCAAUUUUGGAAAAUAACAAUGAAGAAAAAAUUCAAUGGUGGCAUUGUCAGCCAUAUCUUCGACCAUUACCAAUACAGGCAAAUAAGUCAUUAGAAAUGGCUAGUAGUUAUAUUGUUGAAUUAAAUUGA